AUGGCCUUGGAUAUUUGUUACGCAUGUCCCAACAUCAUCCAAAGAAGAGUAUGCCAAUACUUUUCGGACGCUUUGAUCACCGUCAGUAGCAGUGAAAGUUCUGUUGAAGAAUUUGAGGAUUUAAAGAAAGCACAUCAAUUGAUUUUAAAGAUCAAUGCCACGACAUCGGAUUUGUUAUUGAACGUACUGCCUCUUUUACAAGAAGAAAUGAGAGUGGAUCAAAUCAACGUACGACAAUUGGCGACGGAGAUGAUGGGACAGUUGUUUGCUGAUCCUACCUCUACGGUGGCAGAGAAAUACCCUCUCAUUUGGAAGACUUGGCUUGGAAGACGCGAUGAUAAAUCCAUUGCGUUACGUACAAAGUGGUUAGAAAUGUGUGUUGAUAUCUAUAAAAACCACCGCGAAUCCAUUCCUGAAUUAAUUGAAUGUUUCAAGGAGAAAUUAUCGGAUCCCGAUGACAAGGUGCGUUCAACUGCUUGUAAAGUACUUGGUGAGAUUGAAAUGGAAAACGACUUGAAAUCCUUGGAUAUCCAACUUUUGAAAUCCGUUGCGGAAAGAACCAAGGAUAAGAAGAGUUCUGUUCGAUCUGUUGCCAUGAACACCAUUGGUUCCAUCUACCAAAACUCAUAUGUAUUUAGUAUGAAUUUGGAAAGUACAUUGCAUAAAUUUAUUUUACCCGAAAUCGAGAAUGACGCAGAGAGAACCGAAAGAUUGAUUACGAUGAUUGAGUCCUUGGAGGAGAAGCAAAAGCUUGCUUUUACCGACCACAUGAAUAACGCAAACCAGAGUGAACACGAGGUAUUGCGAUCGGAUGAAUUUAUGAAAUAUCUGGCUGCCCAAUUCCCUGACAAGGCUAGAACAUUGAACGCACUUCGAUCUUUCUUGAACCGAAAGAGUGAUAAGGAUAUCAAGCUUUUGAAAGCCUGUAUUGAUUUGGAUCGUGAUUAUAAACGUGUGUGUGCGGCCAAGACGAAAUUGUUGGCUAGUUUGAAUGAAGAUCAAUCAGCGAUUGUAGAGAUUUUCCAAGCUCUUUUGAAUCGAGCCUGUCCACUUUUAUUGAACAAGACCAACGUACCGCAAUUAUUAAAAUUGUCCAAGGUGACAAAAGGAAGAAGACGUACUGUAUCUACUCAAAAAGCCGUUCUUGCUCAAGAGUUAUUGAAGGAAAUCUCCAUCACCUAUCCUACCAUGUAUAACUCUUUCACGAAGGAUAUUAUUGCCGAAAUCAUGAAUGACAAUGACAGUGCUGCUGAUGAAAGUCUUGAGAUUCUUGCUGAAAUUAGUAAGGCCAAGAAUGGAUUAGUGAAUUACAAACCUGAUGUGAGUGAACGAUUGAUGAGUUACAUUGCGAAUGGUAGUACAAUUCAAGCAGAACACGCCGCUACCGCGUUGGGUAACAUGAAGAAUGCAGGUGUUGUUCUUGCUGAUUUAGCCGCCAAUAUGUGUGACGAAUUAUUGCUGGAUUCUUCCAAUUUACUUGCUAAUCUUACAGGACUUGCACAAUUCGCCUUGUAUGCGCCUGAUUUAAUUACACCUUCGAUUGAUUCCAUUAUUCGAUUUAUUGAAUCGGAUCUUUUGCAAGCUGAGACAAGCGAGCCUGAGGAAAGAAAUAAUGAUUGGUGUGUCUAUGAAGAUUUACCCGAAUUAUCUCAACAAAAGAUUAUUGGUGUUCGCUUGUUGGUUAAUUAUUUAAUUGCUUGUAAAGAAAGGGUAGAACCCGAGGAGUAUAUUUCCAAUAAGAUUUUUACGAUUCUUUGGGACUUGUUGGACAGAUCCUGUGAUGCCGCUAUUACUGAUGGCACUUGUGCUGCGGAAACAUCUCACCUUCGCCUUGGUGGAUCGCAAGCGAUUGUAUCACUCACGACGUAUGCUAAAUACACAAACGAAUUGACUGUUCCCAAAUUCGAACGAUUGGGUAUUACAUUACAAGAUACUUGUUUUUAUGUCCGAUCCGAGUUUGCCGAGUCCUUAAUGAAGGGACUUCAGACGGAGCAGAUCCAUCCACGUUAUUACGCGUUGCUUUUCUUAUGUGCGCAUGAGCCUGAGGAGGUGUUAUUGAAGCAAGUGAAGAGUUUUAUUCAGAAGCGUAUCUCUGCCAUGAUGAAUGUGAAGGGGGGUGAAUCUUCUGUGUUGGAUUCAUCGCUUGUACGAUUGAUCCAUAUCUUGGCGCAUCAUCCUGAUUUCUCGGUUGCUACAGAGGAUCUUGAUAUUUCUGCUCAGUAUAUUCGAUUCUAUCUUAGUUGUGUGGCUAAUCCUGAUAACGCUUCGUUCUUGUAUCAUAUUGUUCAAAAGAUUAAAUUGUCCAAGGACAUGGUAUCUCCCGAGUUGAGUCAAAAUUCGUAUGUGUUGUGUGAUUUAGCUGGUGUGCUUAUUAAGAACAAAUGUAAGGAUGCUGCAUGGCCUUUAGUUGCUUUUGAAGGCCAUGUAUCACUUCAAUCGAGCCGAUUGUAUCGUACUUUACCUACCGGUACCAUCCAAACGGAAACCAUUAAAAAGAGUUAUUUACCAACUGAGUAUGUCCAACAACUUGAGAAGGAACAUGGUCAUAAAGCAGGCGAUAAGAGAUCCAAAUCUAGUGUAUCUGCUACAAACAAGAGAGUCAAAGUUUAG